AUGAGAAGAUUAUGGCUGUUAAGAAUCAUCUAUCUUGAGACAGUGGCCGGAGUACCAGGUAUGAUUGGUGCGAUGGUGCGUCACUUGAAGUCUCUGCGGCGCAUGACUCGGGACCAUGGCUGGAUACACACCUUGCUGGAGGAGGCAGAGAAUGAGAGGAUGCACCUCCUCACAGCUCUGGAGCUGAGGAGACCUGGACCUCUCUUCAAGAUUUCCGUCAUUGGAACACAGGCCGACAGAUCAAAGCAGCUCUAGAUGAAACAUCUUGGAAUGUGGACCGACUCUCUGUACUGAAAGUGACUCUCAAGAAGAAGCUAGACACAUUAAUGGGACUCGAUGUAGAGAUCAUCUAAAACACACCUGAGGAUGGAUUAGACGAUGAGAUUAAGCAGUCAGACGAAUACGAAUACCUUGGGGAAAUGUACGUGUGGGAAUGCAGUUGGAUUGCUAACCGAUGACAUUGAUGCUGAACGUUGUCCUAACUGGUUCGUCUGCCAAUCACAUCAUGCAUUGAACGAAAGGGGUGAUGGGGCUACUAGUCUGUAGGUCGACAUGUCAUUGGAGUGUUUGCUGGGGUGAUGGGGGACUAACUGCUGUUCACACUACAUUGGGUUGGGUAUUGUCAGGUCCACAGGACUCAGUAAAGUGUUGGAUGAACAUGACCACCACACAUGCACUCCUUUCUGACACACGUGCCUCCGAGACCAUGGCUUUAGAUGCACAACACAACUUCCUACCAUUCCGAUCAUAUAAAAUUAUAUAGAAUUGCCCUAACAGCUGACAUAGAGAAGAUUAUUGCAAUCAAUAGCUGUGACUUCCUGAUCUGGGUAGAUGACAUACACAAGGAGAAACCUGGAUCUAAAG